UGCGGAACUUGCAAAAUCCCCCUUUUUUUCCAGGCGAGAGCAAGAAGAUGCGCAGGCGACGCCUCAGACUCGCCUGCCCCUCCUCCGACGAUGAGGAAGAGACUGGAGAAGCCGCCGCCGCCGCCGCCGCCGCUCCCGACCCUACGCCGGAUCCUCCUAUCCGCCCGUGGCGGUUGAGAUUUCCGACGACGAUGACGGCGAAGCCUUCAUCGACGUCUCCGAGAGCCUCUCCUCCCCAUCCCAUUCUCCUCCUCCGCCGCCGCCUCCGGCCGCCGACGACGACGACGACGACGCCUGCUCCGGUGACGGAGUUGCUGCAGGGGAUGGGGCUGAGGUUGAGGGGAGAAUGGCUCGAUUCUUGCCUGGACGCCCUCCGCGCCUCCCUCCCCCAUUUCUCCUCCCUCGACCCUCCCUCCGUCGCCAAGCUGUGCUUCCAGCACUUCCUGCUCUCCGACAUGAACUCCUCCGGCGCCGGCGUUCUUCCCCCGGAAGUCCACGCCAUGCACCUCGCCCAUCUCCCCGGGCCCUUCGUCUUGCAGGUAGAUGAGAUUGUUAAUAUCAGUUGUCCUCUUCGAGGCAGGUACCAGAAUGCACCUGCCGGCCUCAAGAGGUGCCUCAAGUUGUCCAUGACCGACGGUGUUCAACGUGUUUUCGGCAUGGAAUACCGCCCCCUUCCGGAUCUCCACCCUUUGGCCCCUGCUGGAUUUAAGAUUGCUCUUUGUAAUGUCCAUGUACGUCACGGCCUUCUAAUGUUGGUCCCUGAAGCUAUUGAGGUCUUAGGAGGAGUUGUCGAUGAGUUGGAAGCAGCACGUCAGCGGCUUGUUCAAGAAGUAAAUAAACCUCCAAGAGGGAAAAGAACGAGGUCUGGAGCAGCUCCUUCAUUAGCAACCAGAGCAACACUUGCUGCCUGGUCACCUAAUGUUGUUGAUGUGGCACAAAAUGGUAGUGUUAGCGCACAAGAUUCAACUACUUCCCACACAAGCAGAGGCAUUAAUUCAGCACCAACUGAAUCGAGUAAUGAUCUAAGGAGCUCGGUGCAGUCUUCUGCUGUUCCUGCUGGUAUGCAGAAUGCAGUGCCUAGCCCAUCACCAAACUUCAUCUCAGAAUUUGAAGAAAUGCAUGUGGAUGCUGUUCCAAUAAGUAACAUGGAGACUGCCUCCCGUUAUUCAACAAAUGUCGCAGCAAACUCUGCAGAUUCCUUUUCUAAUGUGAUGCCAUCCAUGGUUUCAAACUCCUCACGUGGCAUGGUUUCAUCUGUCAAGGAGUUAGAUCCUGAUGUUGAGACCUUGGACGCAGCAGAUGCUGUACCCAAUCCUCCUUCAGAUUUUGCAUCAUAUGUGGAUGACAUUCAAAUGGUUGAUGAGAUUGAACAUCCUCUCAUAAUGUCUGGAGAUCGAGAAAGCCCAUUCACAUACUUAGCUAGUUUAUCCACAAAGUGGGCUGCAAUGAAAGAGAAAGCAUCUUCCAUACAAGGAAAAGUCAAGUGCUUUUUGACUGGUGUGAAGGGAUUCCAGUACAAGCAAAGGACAACAUACGAGCUUCAAGUUUAUGUUGAUGAUGGAAGCCUUAUAUCUGAGAUUCUGAUCAGUCACAAUGUUGUGCUCAAGGGAAUUGGGCAUUCUCCAGAGGAAGUCACUGCAGCUCUUUCUUCUACAGACAAGACGAUAGUCAGUGCUAUGAAGGAGACAUUAAGAAAAUUUCAAUAUUUUCUAGUGAACUUCGAGGGAAUUAUGCUUGUGGAGAUCAAUGGAACUUCUCCGCUUCCAAUCGCCAUUGAGAUGGAUGAAGGUUGUAAUGCGUCUGAUGCGUGGCAGCUCCUGAGAAGACUGAAGUCCUUUGCCUUGCCUCAGGAACAACGCUUGUCAUCAAGUCCUAUAGAUUUAUCCCCUUGAUUGUCCAGGCAUGAAUUGCUUCCUAUUGACUAAGGAAGGACAGAGAUCUGAAAACUGAUAAUCACAAAUUUAGCACAGUGCAAAGAACAUGAUGGACUUGAUUCAAGCAUGAACUUCCUGGAAGUUGGAUAAGCCUGUCUGCUACUGCUUCAAGUGCCUUGUGUGUGCUAAUUUCUGAAGAUGUUUCUCGGGUGAAAGACUAGUUGCAGUGCAGACUAUCCAAAGAACUUGCAUUCACCAUUCGAAGGUCUAUAGCUCAAGAAAGAACAUUUGGAACAUUUUGUUUCUAAAAAGAAGGCCCAUUUUCAAGUAGUCUUCAAUCAACUACGUUUUAAAUGGGAGAGUUUUCAAUACGAAUGUUUGCCUGUUUGAUCAGAAUGCUAGUGUGCUGCCAAACAAAGGGCGAGAGAAGAAAGGAGAACCUGAUUGCUGAUCAAGUUCCUUGAGAUCUCUUUGAAGAUCAUUUUGUCAUAUUGGGAAGUGUUCAGUUCAAUGGCUCUCAAAAGGAAGAUAUUGGAGUUUGCUGUGUCGAAGGCAGAAGAUAUGGGAGAUAAUGAAGAAGUUAGUGAUUGCUGUCCUGAAGACAAAAAGUAACAGAGACAAAGGAAGUGGUUUUUCCAGGUGAGGAGGCCAACUGGAUCGAUCUUCUUUAUGUUUAUACCAUAUUUCAAACUCUUCUGUUUAUGUCGGGAUUCGACUCUAUGCUAGUCCUUUGUUUAACUUGCUUCUUUAAAUCUUUAAUUGGUAGAAGUGCAGUAGAACUAGGGAAAACAUAGGAGAGCUCAUGCGAGUGUAAAUAAUUAUUCAUUGUUAACAUUUUUUAGAGUGACCUGUUGAAGCAGAGUAGAAGCGAAAUGGGCGAAGCGAAGAGUUCCGUCUGUUGUCAGUAUGUAGUUAGUCUCUCGUGCGUAAAUCAUGGACAAUAACAUCAUGUGUGUAUUUUUAUUCAGUGCCAUCAACAUCAGCAGAAUUACCAUUCCAUGGGCC